CCAGGAGUGAACAAACAAGCCCAAUAAACCUCACUCAUACGGCAUGUGUUCCUUUGGCUCAGCCGUCAGAGGAAGCCAGCCCGGUAUUGGAAUUGCUCGGGCCUACUCCUUCUGACCCCUCCCUUUCCCAAACAGCAGAAGACAAUUAAAGUGGGAGGAUCCUCGCUUCCGGAGAUCUGAGAGGCAAUGCCAGCAGAAGGAAGGGAGGGUCAGGCCUGGAUAAAUGCUGAGUUGUGGAGCCACACCCCACAGCCUAUAUAAAGGACCUGCUUGUGGCAUUCCAACCUUGAGUCAAGUAAAGUCUUAUCUAGGUUGCUGAUACCGGACCCUAUCGCUGAAGUCACAACUUGGACUCCUGCCUGCCCUGAUAAACCUCGAAGGGACUUGGCAAGCUGCAGAGGCUUCGUUGCCAAGUUUGCCACGGACUUCCUUGACUCGUUCGUCGGAGUGGGGAGUGGGACACGACAAGUUGGAUGUGCUGGUUUUUGUGAUGACGGACAAGCAUGGCGGAGGAAGCCUCUGGCGGAGAUUCUCAGCAGCUGCCUCGCCUCUUCCUGGCCCCUCCAGCUGAAGUCCUGGGCGAGAUCCUAAGCAAGCAGUUUGGCCCCUUGCCUUUCAUGGCUCCCAUUACACGGAUGAAGAGGAAGCCAUCAGGCUGCUAUUAUUCCACUGAGAACCGAGAGCAAGUCCUGGGCCGGAGACGGGCCGCUAAUGCCAAGGAGCGAGAAAGGAUCAAGAAUCUGAACAGUGGCUUUUCCAAGCUGAAAUCAAUUGUCCCGUUGAUUCCAAAAGACCGGAAACCAAGUAAAGUGGACAUGCUUAAAGCCACAGCGGAAUAUAUUCGCCUAUUGCGCUUGAUUCUGAAAGAAACCGAAGAGCUUCAGGGGGAAGCGGUUGCCAACGGUCCACCUCCUGGGCCAGUGCCGGUGGUAGAGCCCUCAGAGAAGUGCUUACCAGGACCCAUCCCAUCCCAGCGGCCCAGCUCUUACAUCAAGACCGAGAAUGGCCUGCAGCUGGUGUGGACCAAUCCGAUGAUGCAAGCCCCCGUGGGCACCUGGGGGGAGACCAUCCUGCCUGCUUACAUGGGAAUUGUAGAGCUUCACAAGAGUAAAUAAUUGUUGGGGUGUACAUGAAUGCAUUGAGCGGGAGGGAGGAGGUCAGCAGAUCAGAAACUUGAAAAUACUUGUAAGCGAAACCAGAGCCCUAAGAGAUGAACUUGCCACCCAGCGGUUUCAGCCUUCUGAGCAGAAGAGGGCCAACAAGGUGUUUGGGAAAGCUGCCAAGCCUGGACUGGAAGGCUGGAGCCCUUCUGCCCCUUCCCAGCAAUCGGCAGCCUGGGAUCAGAGGGCAACUCAAAUUGGUCUUUAUUACCAUCGUCGAAAUUGCCGGCACAAAGGAAUGACCCAUAGAAUGCCAGGGCUGGGGGGCACCUUGCAGGUCUUCAAAAUCAAGACCAAGACAAGACUAACCCUCUGGCCAGGGGAGGAAUUUUCAGCCCAUCCCAGACAAAAGGCCGAGGGAGUAAUACCCACCCACCCACCCCGUGGUCUGGAAAUCUCUCCUUACUUCGAGUAUGGAGAUCUCCCCUGUAACUUGUCCUACCGUCUGGCACCACAGAGAACCAAUCUACAAUCUUUGAGAGCCUCCCUGUCUCCCACCCUCCCUGGGCCUGCCAUUCCCACAACUCCUAGGAACAGAUUUCAUGAUUUCACUACACAUUGUGUGAAAAAGUGUUUCCUUCUGAA